AUGACACUGUUGGCUUCUGAAAGCACUCCGGUGCCUGUAGUAGAGAAGUCCGAGGCAUCUUCAUGGGGGUGGGAUGACAAGGACACAGGAGGGAUGAACGAUACCCUCACUGACGUUAUUCUUGACACACGUACAGUUGUGAGAUUCAAUGAGCACCGGGAAGAGUCUAACACGGGUCUGCAAGAGACUGGACAUCAUGUGCAACUGACCGACCUACCCAACGAAGUAUUGUACGAGAUUUUGAGCCAUCUAGACAUCUGCGAUUUGUUCUCAGCUUCUAAAACCUCCCACCACCUCCGCACCCUCUCCACCUCGCCCACCUUACACUCCCUCCGCCUCCGCCGCGCCCGCCUCCUCCUCCCUCUAUCCCUCACCUCCCCCUCCCGCCCUUCCCUCCCCGACCUAAUCCGGCGCUCCAUCUUCCUCACCAACACCGCCCUGAUCUCCCGCAAACUCGCCCGCAAGCUCGCCUCCAUUCACCUCGCCCGCCGCUUAGCCGCCCGUCCCUCAGCCGAGCAGCUGGUUGAACGUUGUGUUUUACCAGCUGAGUGCGUACCUCCUACUUAUACCAAGAAAGGAAAAGGAGUGAAAGUGCCGCAGGUGGCGCCGGCGCUGGUGGCCAAGAAGAGAGCGGUGGAGAGGGAGAGGGUGAAGGAUGGGCUGAGGGGGUGGAUUGGGGAGGUUUGGAUGGGGAGAGUGAAAGAGAGGGAGGGGAGGGUGAGGAGGGAGGAGGAGGAGAGGGGGGUGGGAAGGGUUUGGAGGUUGAGAAGGUUUUGGGAGGGGGUUAGUCGGGGGAGGGUGUAG